AUGAUGGCCGCGUCGCAACGAGACGUUUCUUCGAAGGUUCUGGCGUUCGAGGGGCUCCUGCCAUCGUACUACAACCACAAGAAUUUCCUCUCCUUCGUCCGGCAGCUCAACUUCUACGGCUUCAAGAAGGUCAAGGGAGGGGCAUCGCGCUCGGAGAGCUCUGAUUCCUGGGAGGAGUUCAUGCACCCUCAGUUCCGCCAGGGUCGUAGGGAUCUCCUGGUUAGCAUCAAGCGGCAGAAAGACGGCGGGCAUCUGAAACGCAAACAAGACGAUUUACGAAAGUCAGACAUCCUCAACACCCUCGCGGUGGAGGUAGGUUCGAUGCGCGUCGACCUGGAGAUGGCGAACGGCAAGCUCGACGACGUCCUGUCGCUACUUUCUGGCAUAACCGGGACCAAACAACCCGGCGAGCUCUCGGUGCAGCAGCACCAGAGCAUGCGCGGAGACGACGGCCGCGGCGGUAGCGACAGGUCUAGCUCCGUGCAUGGCGGUUUCGGGCGGUGGGGCGCAGGAGUAGGGGGUGGUGGUGACACUGGCCAACGAUGCCUCGGCGCGUACGCGCAUAGCGAACAGCUGGACGGUAGCAGCGCGCCGCGUUUUCAUACCGACCAGCAGCGCCGGCAGGAGUGGCAGGGCCAUGUGGCGUUCCCGCACUCGAGGUGGCCCUGUCCCGCAGAGCAGUACCCGGAGGAGAACAACGAGCACAACCAGAUGAGACACCACGUGGGACAAGCACAACAAACACUGCCACCCCUUGCAGCAGUGACAGCACGGGCUUCGGAGGUAGCCCUGACCGUGCCUUCAUAUCAUCUGCUGCCGCCCAUGUACCGAUCACGGUCAAGGCGAGACUCCGACAACAGCCUGGGUCCGUCCGAGCAUGAGCAAGGCGGGGAGGACAGGUAGAGGAGGAGGAGGCGCUUGCGGCGCCAGGUACGGCGGGGGCGGCAACGGCGGUGUUCUGAUUCCGCCGCCACGACCGAACCGCUCGGCGCGCAGCAACAUCACCAAUCGUAACGCGGUUGGAUGUAUCGUUCUGUCGACCAACCAGAAAGAAUAGCAGGUUGGCUGCUCAUAUUGUUUGUCCUCCUGCGAGAAGUUGGGGUGGUAGUGGUAGUGGUGGUGGUGGCAUGGUUUUGAGCCAAGAACGGCAGGAGUUGUCUUGUCGGAUGGAGUGACCUCGGGGCUCCAAGUAGUGUCGAGAUGGGAGAAGGUCACACGUGGUACCGGCAACACCUUUUCUUUGUUCCUCCUGCCUUGAGUGAGCUCAAGACAAUCAACAACAGAAGCGGCAGCGCUAUUAUCUGCAGCAGCAUCGUCUCAUCCUGUUUGAAGUCGAAUAUCCUAGACUGUGUUAUAAUCUGAUGUACGAGAGUAUUGUAGAAAAUCGUGUCUUCACCCCCCCCCCCCCCCCCCC